GUGGCCGCUUUCUGAGCACGUGUCCUGCCGGACUGCGUCAGCACUGGGUAAACAGAUGACUGGUUGCGCGCCGGGCGGGGCUAUUUAAGAGGCAGCCGCCCUCCCGCCUGCCCUGAACUUGGCUGGACUGCAACCUGCUCUGCUGGAAACCGCCAAGCCUGCUGAUUCCCCAUCAAAGCUGGGAAGAUUUCCUGAAGUCAGAAAUAACGGCGCUGGAUCUUAAAAUGCGUCUGGCCAUGAAGAGUGGCGUGUGCCUGUGCGUGCUGAUCGCAGUCCUGGCUGCAGGCGCCCUGACGCAGCCAGUGGCCCCCGACUCCGAGGUGCAGCGGGCGGAGGAAGCGCCCCGAAGGCAGCUGAGGGCCGUGCUCAGAACCGACGGAGAGCCCCGAGCGCGCCUGGGCGCCCUGCUAGCGCGAUACAUCCAGCAGGCCCGCAAAGCUCCUUCUGGCCGCAUGUCCGUUCUUAAGAGCCUGCAGAGCCUGGACCCCAGCCACAGGAUAAGUGACAGGGACUACACGGGCUGGAUGGAUUUUGGCCGGCGCAGUGCCGAGGACUACGAAUACCCGUCCUAGUGUACCAGCUUCUCAGCCCUGCGUGGAGGAGGUGGAAUGAGAAAAGAAUCACGCACACAACCCCUUGCCUCUGCUGUCUGACGUUUCGAGUGUCUAUUUAUUAAGUUCCCAGUAUGAGAUCUGUCUGCUAAGAGGGUGCAGCGCAGCCACACACCUCAGCGCAGCAGCCGGUUGGAAGGCAAUGUCCGUGUGUGUCCCCCCACCCCCACCCCGGUGACUCCCAGACCUAAUGUUGCUAUGCUAUUAAAGAGAUUUCCUUCUGCCCCUCA